AUGGCAGAUGAGCAGUGGGAAGAUUGGCAAAGGGAUGUCAAAUCAUGUGGAAUCCCCCUCAACCACAUCAAGACUGCUCUACAAACAAGGUUCCUCUCUUUCCUUUGUCCACGGGAGAUGUAUCAGUAUGACCAUUCGGUGUACCAGACCAUCAUCAAGCUUGUUGUAGACGAUUGGAAGCGUGCUGAGGACUAUGGCAUCGAAAUCCCUGGACACGGAAAGGUUUACCCUAUAGUGUUGGGAAACAAAGGCGACUGGUCCUAUCUUGUAUCAUCGGCUGGAUUGGAGCGAUCCUAUAGGCGAGCGCCGCGAGGGGCGAAUCAAGCGAAGAAGAAUUUGAGCGACCCUCCUGGCAUAUGCCACCUUUGCAUGGGUGGUACGAAAGAGGGAGAUUGGGAAGAUUUGGAUGUCGCCACAAAGCUCAUUGCCCAUGCCCGGUCCUCGCCAAUUCCUCCCCCUUGGGAUGAAGCACCACCAUGGGCGCAGCUCCUUCAUGACGAAGAUCCAGGAGGACUUUCGCGCUUUCAUAGAGUUGAUGUGUGGCACACUUUUCACAUGGGUGUUGGAAAAAGCUACCUGGCAUCUUGUGUGAGCAUGGUGCAGCACCUUACCGGUGAAAGCAGCGUGGACAAGCGAGUUGAAGCCAUGAGUGUUGACUUUUUGGAUUGGUGCGCCAACAACAAGAAGACAAAGUACUUGAAGAAGCUGGAACCUAGCACUUUUGCGCUGAAAUCGCGAGAGCCUCACGGCAGCUGGAACAAGGCACAUGUUACAAGUACAUUGAUGGAGUGGCUGUCGAGCUUCUUGGACAAGCAUAGGGAGACCUGCCAGUCUGACGUAAACCUUCGCUUGAUUGCUUCCUAG